CGUCACUCAAGCUUCGGCAGUGGCGUGUAAGGUAGGGAAGGACCAAAGCGCGAAUUGCUGUCAAAUGGAGAAUAGGCCGUACUUUGAGCACAGCACGAAGAUCCAAAACAACAAUCGUACAGCAUAACAUCUUUCAACAUGCCAGGCAGGGAGAUUGGCAGUCAAAUGCCCCGCGCGCUGCUCACCAUCGAAGACAUCAUCUCAGCCAUGCAACCAAUCCUCGAAAUUCAGCCCACCGAAAGACUUGUCCUGAUUCUCUGCGGUCUUCCAGGCUCCGGCAAGACUUCACUCAGCAAAGCCAUCGUGUCCGACAACCACACCAAAUGGAAAUACAAUUCAUACGACGACCGGAUCCUUAUCUCCCAGCAAGUCAACACCGGCGCCAAGUUCCCAAACCCCAUCCCUGAUCUCCUCCACGUCUGGUGGGCCGAAGCCGAAUUUCGCAAAGACCUCUUCAAUUGGCUAUGCACUUCCAAACCCGGAACCGGUCUCGUUCUCGAUUACAAUUUUUCGCUCAAGCAAGAGCGAGAGGAAUUCAAACUUGUGGUCGAAGCUGCCGGAGUGGAAAGUCAGCUUGUGUUUCUGAAUUUUGACGAAGAUAUCUUAUGGGCAAGAGUAUGUGAGAAGAAUCAGAGGGAGGAGAAGUUGAAGGUGCCAGGAUUUGUGAAGACAACUCGAGCGAUGUUUGAGGAGGAUUUGAGUACGUUCCAGGAGCCGCAGAAUGAGGAUGAACAUAUUGCUAGGGGCACGUGAGCAUUUGGGCGAGUCUGUUCGUGUCGCGUGGCGAAGGAAUUUUUAUCGUCUAGCGAGCCGUUCAUUGUAUUCGAUUAGUAGACAUGACGUCUUUGCUGUGCUGAUGAACCAAAUGUGGGCAAGAGCAGCGUAGAAAGGUCUU